AGGAAAGUCGUAAAAGAGGGGAAAUGAGUUUUCUUUUUGACAGCCAGCUCUGAGAAAGCAUCGGUCUGGCUUAGAUUUUUUUUUCUAUUUGAUCAGAAAUUUGCAAUUUUCGCAUAAAUUAGUGAAGGAAUUGUGUGAAAUAAAUGAUAAAGAUUUGCCGGAAGGUAAAAUAUUUGCGGUAAUGACAUCCAACGGUGGCUAUAUAGAUCGUUUCCUGAAACUUAUCGGUUUUGAUUUCCCGAAGGAAGAGGAAUUUGGCGGUAGACGCAGGCUCGAUGAUGAGGUGAUGGAGAUGCCAAAGUUUUCACGAAUUGGAAGUACAACAGAUGACGUUGUUUUUCCCAGAACGCCACAACUCGGAAAGUCAGAGAGUGUAUCUCCGUUCAUGCAGCGCUACCAAACGUCGGGAUUUCCUGGUAAAUCAUCAGCAUUGCCCACAAAGGAUGACAGGAGGUCACUCUGGGCGGAUAUUGCACCGUCAUCGUCAUCUUUUGCCCAGGAGCAGUAUGUGCGGAAGUUUACGAAUCAACCACUCUACCUGGAUCCGAAUGUGGACAUUGAAAUUUCAGACGAUGAGGAUACAGCAACAUACGUUCCCCGGAGAAGGAAGAGCUGUUUUGUUCCCUUUGAGAGAUCUUCUACAAAUGGGGAGUCGCUGAAAUCCCCCACAGCACUGCAGAAGCCCAUCCCGGCGCUCAUUCCACGCUCAAGUGUCUCAGGCAAUAAGAUGCGACCAAUUGAGCGAAGAUCUCGCAUUGCAGACAUCCUCAAGAGACCCUCACAGGCGUUCACACAGCGCUCAUCUGUCUUCACGGAUUUCUCACACAAAUUCCACACGUCCCACAUGAAGAAACCCACGGGAAUUUCCAAGGAAAAUAGACUUUCACGCACGCAAAAGAUCAUGAAUUCCGUGCUGAAGGAUUCAUUCAAUCUCACGCAGAAGAAUAACUACAAGAAGCUCCUGGAUGAUAUGUGUGCCCGCUCGUCGGGGACAAAGCAACGUUCCCUAAUGGGGCCGGCGCCAAAGCCAAAAAUUGUGGAAACAAUAAAUUUGGCUGAUUUGGAAUAUUCCGACGAUGAGGUGCAAAUCACCUCUCCGAAAUCCCCCACGAAGACAUCAACGGUCCUCCAGGAGAGUAUCAAUAAUUGCCGGAAGAAGACCCCCAUUGUGGCACCACUGAAUGCUGAUAAAUCCAUCACACUCAGCUCUUCCGGAUCAACGAGUCGCGUAUCGACGCCGGAAAUUCAGCCCGUCAACACGAUGCUGCUGAAGGUGAAGAGUACACCGUGCUGCCAGACAGAGUGGCUGAGUAAGACGAACGAGAUGCAAUUGAAGCGUCGUGAGAAGCGUCAGAAGGACAUACAGGAAGUGGAGAGUUUAGCUAUUAAAUAUGAAGCAGAACGGAAGAAGAGCGAGGCGGAUUACUUCAUUAGGAAGAUGAGGGAUAUUGCAAUCUCAUCCGUUCCAAUUGUUCUCGAUGAUUCCGAUGAGGAGGAAGAAUUUGUCCUGCCGGAAUUGACACCGCAGCAACUAACGCUGGUCAGGGAUGUGACACAACGGGGCUCCCCAACGCAGGUUAUUAUCUCGAAAUUCAAUCUCAACAUCACCCGGAAUGAUUUGGGGACUCUUGUGGGGGAUGCCUGGCUCAAUGAUGAGGUCAUCAAUUUCUACAUGAACCUCCUGACGGAGCGGAGCACAAAGGCAGCCAAUCUGCCGAAGGUCUACGCCAUGAAUACCUUCUUUGCGGUGCGCCUCCUCCAGGCGGGGCAUGGGGGCGUCAAGCGGUGGACACGCAAAGUGGAUAUCUUUGCGCACGACGUAAUCCCCGUUCCUGUGCACGUGAGCAACGUUCACUGGUGCAUGGCGAUCAUUCACAUGAAGAACCGCACGAUACGCUACUACGACUCAAUGGGGCAGCCCAAUAUGCGCAUCCUCGACGCCCUGGAGCAGUACCUCAAGAGCGAAUCGCUGGAUAAGAAGCAGCAGCCAUUCGACAUGAAGGGCUGGGAGAAGGAGUGCAUGGCAGAUGCCCCGCGGCAGAUGAAUGGGAGUGAUUGUGGGGUGUUUAGCUGUAUGUUUGCGGAGUACAUUACGCGGGGCAGUGAGAUCACCUUCACGCAAGCCGAUAUGCCCUACUUCCGGCAGAAGAUGAUCCUCGAAAUUGCCACUGGGCAGCUUCUUCUGUGAAAUCUCUCCCACAUCUCGACAGAGCCUCCAAGAAAACACUCAACAUGCGUUUUUUUUUACAAUUAAUAAAAGAGAGAGAUGAAGAGGAGGAGGAAUAUUGGCCAAGUGAGUUAAAAAAAAAAGAAUAAACCAAUUCAUUUAAUUUAAUUGAAAGAAAAAAAAUGAUUUUUUUUAUCAUUUCGCUCCAUUCUACAAUUUUUAAGUUAUUUUCGUUUUUUUUCUUCGUAUAAAGAAUUUCUUGUAUAAAUUAAUUAAAUAAUAAAAUAAAAAAUAUAAAAUAGAAAUACUCAAA